UAUUUUUAUUUUUUGUUCUUGACUGGAAAUGUCGGUUAUUUAACUGUUUUACCUCUAAAAAGAGGGUAUCGGGCAUGAAUUGUGCGGGUUACUUCGAAAGCCUAAAUCGGGUCCUCCUACCCGAAACCGGCUUUUUUCUUAAACCGGCCCAUCCCAGUCAUCAACCUAACCCAGUGGCUAUUAAAAUAUACACUAGACUGUUUGUGUAUUUUAUUGGGGAGGAUAAUUAGAGUUUGGGGGUUUUCGCGUCGGGCCGGCGUUCGAGUAAUUUUUUUCGGGCCUCAUUUUUAUCGGUCCGGUCCGAUCGGGAUUUUUACAGGCCAAAAUUAAAUGCCCGACUUGAUCUUUCGGAUCGGGCCCCAACCCUAAUUAUACCGUAGUUUCGAUUUUAUUUUUAGUCGCUAACAUAUAACUAUUCAUCAAAUAAUCCUUCACUGCUAACACUACAAAAUUAACUAUUUUUAUUAUGACUUGCCAAACUGGAAUUAGAGCCGAUUCUAAAUUGUUGGAAUUUUUUGAUCAAUGCAAACAAUGCAAAAUUCGUUUUGGGAAAAUUGUUAUUAAUAAUGCAAAUCUAAAUGUAAAUUACCAUUUAAAUCCUUCAAAAGAUUGGCGAAAGGAUUGGAAAAAAUGUUUUGCUGAUGACAAAGCUUCCGUUAAAGAUAAAAUGCUCUUGGCAGCUACUAAAGCGACGUUUAAGUCAGAAUUUGGCCAGUCAUUCAUUCAUGCAGAAUAUCAAAUUUCAAAUCGAAACGAACUCCAAUUGGAUAAUUUUGAGAAGAAUUAUUUGAAUAAAGAUGCGGAGAAUUCUGCUAUAGAGGAUGGAGACGAGUCUAGACCACUUUCUUUUGUCGAACGAGAGUUAAGUUCAGUAACCAAAGAACGUGCAAAUAUUCCUUUUUCACUUCACGCUUCUCAAACAAUGCGAGGUGUUCAAUUCCCAAUAGAUCAAGAUGCUGAAGAGAAAUUGCGUUCUUUUGCUUCUGGACAAUGCGAUUUUGUACAACUUUCUGUUGAUUGUUUGUUUAUUUUUAUUUAA